CACUAAUUUACCCACACACGACUACCUCAUAAUCGGCGAGCCGGUAACCAAUAACACACUCCUUAAUCAAACGGUUCACAUUUUAACAAUCUAUCACUCCUCAACCCUCUAUUACUCCUCUAUUUAAACCUACAGUACUCUCAUAAUUCUUUUUGCUAAGUAUUAAGCUCUGUCUGGAAUCUGGAUAGUAACAAGUAAACUCAACCAACAAACGACAGAUCGAAGAAAAGCAAAUAAAAAUGGCGAAAGUGUUCCCGUUGAAAGCACUUUUACUAUCUGCCGGCGUCGUUUCAAUGGCUGUCAUACUCAAAGUCUCAGCUCCGGUAAUCCUAGAUUUUCUCUCCGACGAUCUUCCUCUGUUUUGGUCUUUGGCACUCCCAUGGCUACAGCCACCGUUUUUAUACCUUCUGGUUAACUGCAUCAUCAUCACCAUUGUUGCAUCCUCUAAGCUUCAACCACGUGAGCCCGGGUACGAAGUAUUGAAAACUCCGGCGAUGGAGAAAAAUUUAACUCCGGUGAAUAUUCCAGCGGUAGAGAGAGUUGAUUCGCUUUUGGAUGUGAUUGAUGUCAAUAAGGAAGAGGAUUUGGUUGUAUUUGGAUAUGUGGAUAGUCCACUUGUUGUCAAAGAUGAUACUGCCGUUAGGCCUUCUAAAAUCGAGUUUAUUGGAGGUGAAGUCAAGCUGGAAGAAGAUAGAGAAAAUUCUGGUGAUGGUGAAGAGUUUUUGACAUCGAAAUCGCCGAAGAAAAUUACGCCAGUAGUUUUGGAGUAUUCUCCAUUGUCUUCAGCUGAGAAACCGCCUAUUUCUGCGAGAUUUAGUAACCGGAGAUCCAUUAAAGCUAGUCCUGAAGGAAAAGCAGCACUUGGAGUAUCAAGGCUGAAAAAGCAUGAAACGCUAGAAUCCACAUGGAGGACAAUAACAGAAGGAAGAUCAAUGCCGUUGAAACGGCACUUGAGGAAAUCCGAAACUUUUGCCGGUUCAUCACCGGAGAAAUCUCCGGUGAGAGCGAUGAAGAAAUCAGAAACUAUGGAUGGUGGAAACUCGUCGCCGGUGAUGAGUGGAAGUAGAAAGCUGAGGAAAGAACCGUCGUUGAGUCAGGAUGAGUUGAAUCGGCGAGUUGAAGCGUUUAUCAAGAAGUUUAAUGAGGAAAUGCGGCUGCAGCGGCAAGAGUCGCUCAACCAAUACAGGGAGAUGAUCAACGUUCGUGGGUCCCAGUAAGAAGUAGUGGUAGUUCAUUUCAAUUUCAUUUUAAACAAGUAAAUUUUGUUUACUUAAUUUUGGAGUUGUUAAGAAAAAAAAAUUAAUUUAAUUUAGUUUUGCUCUGUAAAGAAAUAAAGAUAUUUGAAAUAAUAUUUUAUUAUUAUAUUAAUUAAUUUUUAAAA